GGUCCACAAAAGCGCCCCUUCUGGCCCCAACUCUGCAGGCGUUGCUUUCACCACCUCCAUCCUUGCCACUCGCGGAGUGAGGGGCAGUACGGGCCCUUUAAGAGCAGCAGGACCAGCGAGCAGAAGCUUGGAAGAGAACACUGCCGCCCGACUAGCUCCAGAGGACAGGCUCUGGGGACCAGACUACGAGAACCCGGCGGGUUCAUCCAAGCGGGAUCGCGGCGGGACCUCAACCAUCUCUCCGCAACCGUGUCAUCCUUUUUGACCCGAGCCCUGCCUUCCUCUACUGCCCGCCCUGGCCUAGCCCCGCCCCGCCCGGGCCACCGGGACAGGGAGCCGGGGCGCGGGUGCCGCAGCCAGAGGCAGGUGAAGAGAGCCCGAGUGUCCACCUCCCGCGCUGCAACGCUGAGCAUCCGGGUCGAACAUCCCGGUUGAGCAUCUCUGCUGAGCAUCCUUGCGUCGCAGCGGCCGGAGACGCUUCAAGGCUGGCUGCGUGAUGGCGGAGAAGGCAUUGGAAGCCGUGGGCUGUGGACUGGGCCCUGGGGCUGUGGCCAUGGCUGUGACCCUGGAGGACGGAGCAGAGCCCCCUGUGCUGACCACACACCUAAAGAAGGUGGAGAACCAUAUUACAGAAGCACAGCGCUUCUCUCACCUGCCCAAGCGCUCUGCUGUGGACAUCGAGUUCGUGGAACUGUCCUAUUCCGUGCGGGAGGGGCCCUGCUGGCGCAAACGGGGUUACAAGACCCUCCUCAAGUGCCUGUCUGGUAAGUUCUGUCGCCGAGAGCUGAUUGGCAUCAUGGGCCCCUCUGGGGCUGGCAAGUCCACGUUCAUGAACAUCUUGGCAGGGUACAGGGAGUCAGGGAUGAAGGGGCAGAUCCUGGUUAACGGGAGGCCACGUGAUCUGAGGACCUUCCGCAAGAUGUCCUGCUACAUCAUGCAGGAUGACAUGCUCCUGCCUCACCUCACAGUCCUGGAGGCCAUGAUGGUCUCUGCCAACCUGAAGCUGAGUGAGAAGCAAGAGGUGAAGAAGGAACUGGUGACAGAGAUCCUGACAGCCCUGGGACUGAUGUCUUGCUCUCACACGAGGACAGCCCUGCUCUCCGGAGGGCAGAGGAAGCGCCUGGCCAUUGCUCUGGAACUGGUCAACAACCCGCCUGUCAUGUUCUUUGAUGAGCCUACCAGCGGUCUAGACAGCGCUUCUUGUUUCCAAGUGGUGUCCCUCAUGAAGUCCCUGGCCCAUGGGGGCCGCACCGUCAUCUGCACCAUCCACCAGCCCAGCGCCAAGCUUUUUGAGAUGUUUGACAAGCUCUACAUCCUGAGCCAGGGGCAGUGCAUCUUCAAGGGCGUGGUUACCAACCUGAUUCCCUAUCUGAAGGGGCUUGGCUUGCACUGUCCCACCUACCACAACCCUGCUGACUUCAUCAUUGAGGUGGCCUCUGGAGAGUAUGGAGACCUGAACCCCAUGCUGUUCAGGGCUGUGCAGAAUGGCCUUUGCACCAUGGCUGAGAAGAAGAGCAGCCCUGAGAAGAAUGAGGUCCCUGCCCACUGCCCCACUUGCCCUCCGGAACUAGAUCCUAUUGAAAGCCACACGUUUGCCACCAGCACCCUAACCCAGUUCUGCAUCCUCUUCAGGAGGACUUUCUUGUCCAUCCUCAGGGACACGGUCCUGACCCACUUGCGGUUCAUGUCACAUGUGUUGAUCGGCGUCCUCAUUGGCCUCCUCUACCUGCACAUUGGCGAUGAUGCCAGCAAAGUCUUCAACAACACCGGCUUCCUCUUCUUUUCCAUGCUCUUCCUCAUGUUUGCAGCCCUCAUGCCAACUGUGCUCACCUUUCCCUUAGAGAUGGCGGUCUUCAUGAGGGAGCACUUGAACUACUGGUACACUCUCAAAGCCUAUUACCUGGCCAAGACCAUGGCUGACGUGCCCUUUCAGGUGGUAUGCCCAGUAGUGUACUGCAGCAUCGUAUACUGGAUGACAGGCCAGCCAGCCGAGACCAGCCGCUUCCUUCUCUUCUCAGCCUUGGCCAUAGCCACCGCCUUAGUUGCCCAGUCUUUGGGACUCUUGAUUGGCGCUGCCUCUACCUCCUUGCAGGUGGCCACCUUUGUGGGCCCAGUGACCGCCAUCCCUGUCCUCUUGUUCUCCGGCUUCUUCGUCAGUUUCAAGACCAUCCCCACUUACCUGCAAUGGAGCUCCUACCUCUCCUAUGUCAGGUAUGGCUUUGAGGGUCUGAUCCUGACCAUCUAUGGUAUGGAACGAGGACACCUGACCUGCUUAGAUGAACAGUGCCCAUUCCGGGACCCACAAAUCAUUUUGCGUGAGCUGGAUGUGGAGGAAGCCAAACUCUACAUGGACUUCCUGGUCCUGGGCAUUUUCUUCCUUGCUCUGCGACUGCUGGCAUACCUUGUGCUCCGGUACCGGGUCAAGUCUGAGAGAUAGAGCCUGGCUCCUACCUCUUCUGGGCAGGAAGCCCCCAGUUCCAGCCCUUUGGGGCUGUUUUAAACUUGUAGACUUGGGCGUUGGUUGCUGGUGCAGCUGCCCUCCUCUCCCUCGGCUGCUUCUCAGGAUGGCUGGCUGUGGGUUGUGUCUCCCAGCCUCGGCCCUGGAGGUUGCUGCAGUUGGCAGCUUCCUCCCUACUGUCUCCAACACCUGCAUGCAAGACUGCUGGGGGGCUGCUGCCCCCCUCUGCCGAAAGCACCCUCCUCUGUUGUUUGCCUGGGAGCCCCAUGUCCUCUAGGCCUUGACUUACAAGUGAUCAGAUUGACUCCCUCUGGGGUCCCCACCACACUCGUGUUGGUAAACUGCUAUCAGGUUGGAGUCCCAGGGCUGGGCCCUGGUGGGGUCCCCAGGGAGUCCCAUCAUGGACAUUGAAUGGAGCAAGGAGGGACUCUGGAAGCUUCCUCCUCCUUCCCUCUCCUCCCCCCACACCCACUUUGGCUAAUUUGGACUAUCUGUUGGGACAGAAGCCGGGCUUUCUGUCUGGGCCACCACUCCCAAUCCUGGAGAUUGGAGAGAGCAUGGGGUAUCCCUGCCCUUUCCCUAAGCCUUCGGUCAGGGUAGAUCUCAAUAGCACCUCUGCAAUAAUGUCUGUGUCACUCUCCCAUCUGCCACAGGAACUGGAGAAUGCACUUUAUUCUGGGGGGUGAGGCGGGGAAGCCCCAUCCUCCCUCCUUGCUGUCCCUGAGGCUCAGUCCCACAGGCUCCUUUCCUCUCCAGAAUCACAUCACAGGCACACAAAGGCCACCAGGCAAUCUCAGCCCUACGCAGGCGCCAUCCCUUGUGGCUCAGAGGAAGAGUGGCCGUGGCAGGGAGCAUUCCCAACAUCCUCCUGCAGAAUCCCACUUUGGAGGCUAAGAAUGAGACUGGUGUGACCCAGUGUGACUCCAGGCUCGGCAGGUGUCUAUCUCCCAGUCUUCCCUCCCUCUUGAGCCCGGGGUGGCACUGGCCUUCCAGAGGUCAGAACCCAACAAGCACAAGAACGGGCAUAGCUGGCCUCGGCCACUGCUCCCCCAUGGCCCUCCUUUUGUGCCCCAAGCUGACACUCGCUCACCUGCCCCUUCUCCAGCUGCCUGCUGCUCACUCAAACUUCUGUUCACAUGUAUACAUCUUCUGGUCAGCAGCUGGUUCCUGGACAUCAGAGCGGCGGGGCCUGGGUGCCAGGUGGCAGACACACCUGUCUAUCUUCUUGGUGGGUCCAGGAUCAUCCUAUAUCUGGUUUCUCCUCCUCCAGGACUCUUUCCCCAGUCCCUGUGCUCACUCCUCUGUAUCUGCCCCAGGUUCUCAUUACACAGAGACCAGUCGUAUUUGUGGGAUU